CCGCCAGCUACUGUGCGUGAGCCUGUGCUGGAAAGAUAAUAGUGGAAAUAGGGUAGGGUCCAGUGACUGGACAUAAUAUUCGCGUUGGCAUUAAUUAUUCUAUGUGCAUGAUUUCUAAAUUAUAGGCUAUUCAUUUCGCGGCUGCACAGAUUUGGUCAGCAACCCCGAUCUGCUUUCUAGGGCGAUGGAUCAACCGAAAACAAGCUCAUGAGGAAUUUGUAACGACUGAAACCUGUGUUCCUGCGCAACUUCGGAAACCAUGUGGAGUCGAUCUAGAGACGCGCAAGAAUGUCGCAAUUGAGUGGUAACUGUUCCUUUCCAUAGGAUCGUUAGUUGUAUAUGAGUAGCCUAUGUGUCGUGACUUCACAGUAACAGUGUCUGUCAAUGGUUGUAGUGCGCACUAUCUUGGUUCAUGAUCAUUGCAGAUUGCACAAUUUCAUGCGAAACCAGAAAUAAUUUACGGGAGGUGGACCCAUAUCACCAGACUGUUGUUUACCUGUGUUGAAAUACCUUCAAAUAUUAUGCACAUUUUCUUUGCGUGACUUGUGCAUAGAAUGUCUGUGAGGAAACGUGCGUAAUGUUGACUUUGGGUGUUUGGAGAUGUCGGGCAACUGAGCAUCUAUAACAACACAGAGGGAUUGUCAAACAAAACAGACUUUGAAAAACAAUGAGUCAAGAUGAAGGGAUAUCCUUGUCGGUCCCCUCCUUUGGUCCUGGCUCGAACACAGAGGGUGCCCGCGGGGGCUCUGCUGGCUCCAGGGAAGAAAGUGGCAGCAGUGACCCCAUCCCCGCAGCCGGGACAUUCUGGCACGACUCCGUGGUCAGCGGAAGCAUCAGUCCUAGUACCCUGAGCUGUCCGAUGGACAGUGGCUGCUUGUUGUCAACGGGGAACUGUAAAAACAGGGCUGUCACCGUGGCAUAUGUCGUCAACAGCGAGCUCACUCAGCUGCACACCGCAGAGAACAUGGCCCUGCAUUGCCUGAAAGACGCGUGCGAGUCCGUGGGAAGUAAACUGGAAAUCAUACACUUCGGGAAGAUCGACUUUGGAGAGACGUGUGUGCUUGACCAGUUCUAUAAUGCAGACAUAGCUGUGGUGGAGAUGACGGACGCUUUCCGCCAGCCCUCCCUGUUCUACCACCUGGGUGUGAGGGAAAGCUUCAGCAUGGCCAACAACAUCAUCCUGUACUGUGACACCAACUCCGACUCGUUACAGUCCCUACAGGAGAUUGUUUGCCAGAAGAACACUACAUGCUCAGCCAACUACAGCUUCAUCCCAUACAUGGUGACGCCCCACAACAAGGUGUACUGCUGCGAGAGCAGCCUGAUGAAGGGCCUGACAGAGCUGAUGCAGCCCAGCUUCGAGAUGCUGCUGGGGCCCAUCUGCAUGCCCCUGCUGGACCGCUUCGUCCAGCUGCUCAAGGUGCCAAAGGCCAACUCCUGCCAAUACUUCAGAGAAACCAUUCUCAACGAGCUCCGGAAAGCACGGGAGUUGUUCACGGGGUCGGAGCUGGCCUCAGAACUCAGCCGAAUUCAACGACGAUUGGACAACGUAGAGUGCCUUUCAGCUGACAUUGUCAUCAACCUGCUUCUGUCCUACAGGGACAUCCAGGAUUAUGAAUCUAUAGUGAAGCUGGUGGAGACCUUGGAGAAGCUUCCGACAUUCGACCCUGUGGCCAAUCCCCAUGUCAAGUUCCACUAUGCCUUUGCACUGAAUCGGAGGAACCUCCCGGGGGACCGUCAGAAGGCCCUGGACAUUAUGCUGCCCCUGGUGGAGUCUGACGACCAGGUGGCCUCAGACAUCUACUGCCUGGUGGGACGCAUCUACAAGGACAUGUUCCUGGAGUCCCACUUCACUGAUACCAAGAGCAGGGACAGUGGCACGGCCUGGUUUAAGAAGGGGUUUGAGUCUGAGCCGACACUACACUCUGGCAUCAACUACGCUGUUCUACUCCUGGCAGCGGGACACCAGUUUGACGCCUCCUUCGAGCUCCGCAAAGUCGGAGUGAAGCUGAGCAGCCUGCUGGGGAAGAAGGGAAGCCUGGACAAGCUGCAGAGCUACUGGGAUGUGGGCUUCUUCCUGGGGGCUAGCAUCCUGGCCUGUGACAACACCAGGGUCAUACAGGCCUCUGAGAAACUCUUCAAACUCAAGGCCCCCGUCUGGUAUCUGAGCUCUCUCGUGGAGACCAUCCUGAUUUACCAGCACUUCAAAAAGCCCUCUGUGGAGCAGCCGCAGCCCAAGCAGGAACUGGUGGACUUCUGGAUGGACUUCCUGGUGGAGGCCACAAAGAAAGAUGUCUCAUCUGUCCGCUUCCCAGUGUUGAUAUUGGAACCCACUAAAGUCUAUCAACCUUCUUACUUGUCCAUAAACAAUGAUGUGGAGGAGAACACUGUCUCCAUCUGGCAUGUUGCCCCUGAUGACAAGCACAGGGGGGUCCAUGAGUGGAACUUCAGCGCUAUGUCAGUACGGGGUGUCAGUAUUUCCAAGUUUGACGAGCGCAGUGCCUUCCUGUACGUGCUAAACAACUCAGAGGACUUCCAGAUCUAUUUCUGCACAGAGAUGCACUGCAAAAGGUUCUGUGAUCUGGUCAACAGCAUCGCAGAAGAAACAUGGAAAGGCCCAGAUGAGGGGGAAUGUGACACUGAUGCCCUAGAGUACGACUAUGAGUAUGAUGAGCACGGGGAGAGGGUGGUUCUGGGAAAAGGCACGUUUGGAGUGGUGUAUGCAGGCCGGGACCUUAGCAACCAGGUGCGGCUGGCCAUCAAGGAGAUACCGGAGAGAGACAGCAGGUACUCUCAGCCCCUCCACGAGGAGAUUGCUCUUCACAAACACCUGAAGCACAAGAACAUUGUGCAGUACUUGGGCUCCAUCAGCGAGAAUGGUUUUAUCAAGAUCUUCAUGGAGCAGGUUCCCGGAGGAAGCCUGUCUGCUUUGCUGAGGUCUAAAUGGGGCCCUCUGAAGAACAACGAACCCACCAUCGGCUUCUACACCAGACAGAUCCUGGAGGGGCUCAAAUAUCUCCAUGACAACCAGAUCGCUCACAGAGACAUCAAGGGUGAUAAUGUGCUUAUAAACACAUAUAGUGGAGUUCUGAAGAUAUCUGACUUUGGUACCUCUAAACGACUGGCUGGGAUCAACCCCUGCACUGAGACUUUCACUGGGACACUACAGUACAUGGCCCCUGAGAUCAUAGAUAAAGGCCCUCGAGGAUACGGCAAGCCUGCUGACAUCUGGUCUCUUGGGUGCACCAUCAUUGAGAUGGCCACUGGGAAACCACCCUUCUACGAGCUGGGGGAACCACAGGCCGCCAUGUUCAAGGUCGGCAUGUUCAAGAUCCACCCUGAGAUCCCAGAUUCCAUGUCCAUGGAGGCCAAGGCCUUCAUCCUGCGCUGCUUUGAGCCCGACCCCGACCAGAGGGCCACCGCCCUGCACCUGCUCACCGAUGAGUUCCUCACCGUCACCAGCCGCAAGAAAAGGGGCAAGAGCAGCUUCACAGCUCUGACACCUGCAGUUUCAGAGUACCUGCGCAGCAUCUCCCUGCCAGUGCCUGUGGUGGUGGAGGACACCAGCAGCAGCAGUGAGUACGGCUCCGUCUCCCCUGAGAACGACCUCAACACCAACCCCUUCAUCUUUAAGCCCAGCACCAAGUGUUACAGUGAUCGGGAGGUCAAAGGAACCCGCUCCCUGUUCCUUAGUAUCCCAGUGGAGAACUUUGAGGACCACAGUGCUCCUCCGUCUCCUGAUGAGAAGGACACUGGGUUCUUCAUGCUGAGGAAGGACAGCGAGAGGAGGGCCACUCUGCACCGCAUCCUCACUGAGGACAGAGACAAGGUGGUGGCCAACCUCGUGGAGGCUCUCAAACAGGGUUCUGAGACAUCCGACACCAAGUUGAGACAUCAGCAUAUCUCCACCCUGGUGGUCAGUCUGGGGGACUUUGUGCGCAUGACGGACAGGAAGAUCAUAGCCAACACCCUCUCCCAACUCAAACUGGAGCUAGACUUUGACAGCACAGCCAUCAGCCAACUACAGGUGGUGCUAUUCGGGUUCCAGGACGCAGUAAACAAAGUACUACGAAACCACAACAUCAAGCCCCACUGGAUGUUCGCCCUAGACAAUAUCAUCCGUAAAGCGGUGCAGACUGCCAUCACCAUCCUGGUGCCAGAGCUGAGGCCCCACUUCAGCCUGGCCUCGGAGAGUGACCCAGCCGACCAGGAUAACGUUGACGAUGACGUGGAGCCUGAGGAUACCUCCGCCCACCAGAGCAGAGCCCCUCCAAACACUGCCCCUGACGACACUGUCGCCACUUCCGGCGUGAGCACACUCAGUUCCACCGUUUCACACGAAUCCAAUAAUGCCCAGCGCUCUGUCACCAUGGAACUAGGCAAGAUGAAGCUGGAAACCAACAGGCUGAUGGAGCAGUUGCUGGAGAGGGAGAGAGAGUACCAGGCCAUCCUCCAGCAGGUCCUGGACGAGAGGGAAGAUGGGAUCAAACUACUGAGGAUCUGCUCAGAGCACAUCUAUAUGCCUACAUUAUCAGUGAGCCAAAGGAGCAAGUCCACUAUGAACCAUGGGGACCCAGAGCUUAUCAAGUGGCUGAAACUCCAUGGAGCUGACGAUGACGCCAUGGAUAGGAUUUUGACCGAGGAUUACACGUUGGAUGACCUUCUCCACUAUGUGACGAGAGAUGACCUGAAGAGUUUGAGAUUAAGAGGUGGAAUCCUGUGUAAGCUAUGGAAGGCCAUCACAGACUACAGAGAGAAGCCAGCGUGAGGAGCCUUUGUGUGGCGUUAGCCACUGCUACAGUACAGGAACUUUACCACAACAACAACAACUGAGUAUUCUCCUCAACUCUUACCACUGCACU